CGAGUGCACAGUCUCCAGUUGGCUGUCCUGGCCACCAGCCACUGGCUUUGCCAUGGACCUCUCAAUCCCGUUCCUACUGCUGGUCCAGGGAAUCAACACGCUGCUGAACUGGUCCCUGGUGCUGCUGGUCCACCGGUCCCACCUGGGUCUCACCGGUAGCUUCAUGGGGACCUUCUGUGCCUCUUUAACGCUGGUGGACACUCUCUUCACUAUCGUGGAGCUGAGCAUUUACAGGUUGCAGGACUUCAGCCUCUUCGGUGUGCGAUUCACAACCCACCACAUAUGUUUGCUGGUGCAGAUAGGAGGAUUCAUCUACAGCGCGCUGCAGUGGCCCGUGUUGUUUGCGGCUGGACUGGACCAUUAUGGAUCUUUCCCAGUUGGAUCUAAGCAAACUAGCCAGAAUCUGAAGCUGAAUUAUGCUGCCUGUGCUGUCGUGCUGUGGGCAGCAGCACUGCUCUAUGUGUUCUUAGUGGCUGGCUGCCACCCAGUGGUGGAGGAUUCCCCUCACCUGCUUUUGGAUCACUGCCCGACUCAGAGCAACGGGACAAGUUCCCAGAUUUCCAUCGCCCUGCUGAUGACUGUGGGUUGCAUCAGGCUGUACGCUAGGAUGAUGGUCGGUAAAGACAAGGCUAUGGAGGAAGCCAACAGGCGCCCUGUACAAAAGUCUCAAAACUGUGACCACUCAAGGGUACACAUUCUGGAGCAGGCCCUCAUCACAUUCACUAAGACCUGGGCUGCUUUUCUAAUACUGAUGGUAGUUAUUCUUAUAUGGCAGAUAGACGUGCCAUCACACUUAAUGAUGAAUGUUCCUUGGCUGUCUUUCCUCAACAGUUUCCUGAUAAGUGUAUCACUAUGCACACAUUACCAAAAGCUAAAUGCAAAUAAGAUCUUAACAUUUACGGAUGGCUUCUGCCAGUGGAAUUUUGCUUUUACUGAUGGGUAAACAGUGACAAACUGUUUAAAUAUGUUGAGGCUAACAAUUGUUUUACACUGGUUGUACUUGAAAUCUGGUUGUACUUGAUAUCUGGUUGCACUUAUCAACAAUCAUGGUAAACUGAUUAAGGGUUUCCAAAGUUUCCAAAGUUUCGGAGAGCCCCUCUGUACUUCCUUCGUCAAGUAAUUCGAAGCACAGUUUUCAAAUGUGAUGUCUGCGUUUUGGCCCUCUGCUGCCCUCCACUGUUCGAUGUUUGUGGUUGCACUCACCUAAGGUUUUAUCAGCAAAUUCCCAGGAAAAGCUUUCAACCAUUUCACCAUUUUAUAUUUCAUAAUUCAUAAUUUUCUAAAUAUCUAUCCAACUAGAAACUAAGAAAAGCUGUUAUUUUUUAAAAAAUGUCUGUAUGAUGAUAAUUAUGAUUUUGUACCAAUGGGAUAUAAUCCUGAAUGUUAAUAUGUCCUGUAUUAUUGUGGGAUAAAAAACCCUUGAAAAUCAAUAAAUAUA